GAUGUUUUAAGGACGGGGGACUGUUAAUUUCGGACAUUGAUCUCGGAAUCAUGACACUUUAUAUUUCAUGAGACUCACUAAGUUAGCUUCCCAUAAAUCUUAGAGAAGUGGGUACGGGCAUAGAAACUGAAGUAAUAUUCAACAGAUCAUCGAACGAACCAAAAGUAUGCCAGAUCGAUCCACUUUGCAGAACAAAUGAACAAAUAGGGGAUGGAAAUACAUGAUAAUGUCAAUAAUUACAGUACAACUAGGACAAUGCGGAAACCAAAUUGGUGGUCAGCUGUUCCAUACAUUUAUGGAUGAUGUCCAUUCUAAACCACUAGCUACACAGGUGGCUCCUGACAAAAACGAUGAGUACAAAAGUGAGGUUCUGUCCCGAUUUUUUUACUGUGGAGAAUCAGGGGAGGGAACUCCAAAAGCUCGAGCUGUCAUGGUGGACAUGGAGCCAAAGGUGAUAGCUCAAACAUAUCAGGAUGCCAAACGUUCAGGGAGAUGGAGCUACUCAGAGAAACAGAAUUACUGCCAGCAGCGAGGAUCAGGCAACAACUGGGCCCAUGGCUACUGCAUCCACGGACCAGCAUGUCAGAGCACAGUUAUGGAAUUAGUCCGACGUGAAGCAGAAAAAUGUGAUAACCUUGGAGGAUUCUUGUCCCUUAUGAGUCUUGCAGGAGGCACAGGAUCAGGAGUGGGGGCAUAUGUGACUCGUUGUUUGAGAGAUGAAUUUCCACAUGCAUUUAUCAUGAACCAAGUGGUGUGGCCAUAUAAAACUGGAGAAGUCAUUGUGCAGAAUUAUAAUGCUCUCUUGACGUUGUCACGGUUAUAUCACACUGUGGAUGCGAUUGUUGUCAUGGAAAAUGACCAUCUUCAUAAGAUAUGUCAGCAACUUUUGAACAUUAAGAAGAUUUCAUUCAAAGACAUUAACAAAGUCAUCUGCCAUAAAUUAGCCACUAUGCUGCAACCAUGUCCACUUAACAAAUUCACAGGGGAUAUUUGUUCUAAUUCUAUAGGUGAAAUGUUGGAACAUCUAGUGCCACAUCCAGAUUAUAAACUCCUGACCAUCAAAAACAUUCCCCAGAUGUCAGCAGCGGCCCAGGAGUUCAGCACGUACCAAUGGCAUGGUCUGCUGAAGCACCUCCGACAAAUGCUGAUUUCUGAUGCUCCGAUGGAAGAGGGUAUUGAUUGGCAAGUCAAAGUAAGUUCCCGAGGAUCUCAACACAACACUUCUCUGGCCAAUCUUCUGUUACUGAGAGGCAAGGAAUCAGUAUCUGCAGACACUGGACCAUUCUCAGACUCUGCCCUCUAUGUUCCGUGGAUUCCACCAGAUGCCACUCUGAUGACAGGCGUACAACCAAGAGCUUUCAAUCACUAUGAGAAAUCUGCAUCUCUGAUCUCGAACAGUAAGUCACCUGUGGGAGAGAUGGACGCUAUGGUGGGUAAAGCCUGGGACAUGUUUUCUGCGAGAGCUUAUGUGCACCAGUAUGCAAAACAUGGACUUACUGAGGAUGAUUUUCUGGAUGGGUUUGCUACCUUGGAACAAGUUAUAUCAAAUUACAAACAUUUGUGAGAUGGGUGGAAAGCAUUGGAUUGUGGGGCCUGAGUUUAGCAAAUUGGCUCUUUAUAGGAAUACGUUAUUGACUUACUGGAUGUUAUUUGUACGAUUUUUCACUUGUUUCCUUUCUUAUUUGAAGAGAUUAAUUCAUUACCUUAAAAAAACAUGAAGAGCAUUUUAAGUUUAAUCUUUUUAUUAAAUCUAAUUGGUUAAACUUGCCUUUAAGGCUCAUGCAACUGGAUAAUUACAGUCGAACUGU